GGUGCAAACACCUUGACUGCAGACAAUCAUGAAACCAUAGCUGACCAAACACAUUUGGACCCAGAAGAGAAUGUGAGCCUUGCCUCUGAGGAGACAAACCUAGGAGAGCAUCUGCCAGGAGAGGAGGCUGAAGCCAUGAUUCUGGAUGUUGAGGAGAAGACAGUCAGUAAAAGGGAGGAGCCGGAGGGCACCGAGCCCCUGCCUGCAGGAGCAGAGGAAAGCUCUGAGCUGCCUUCUGUGUGGAGAGAGGAGGGCAAUGGGCCUUCACCUGCAGCACCAGAAGAUGUUGGGGCACCAUCACCAGGACCAGCUGAGGACAGUGGGCUGGUAGAGGGCAGUGACAGCUCUGUAGUGGAAGUCAUGGAUAAAGUACAUAUUACUGAAGAGGACCACCUCAUUGAGGGUGAGACGGGAGAACAGGUGGAAACUGAGCUGCUCAGUGAGACAGUAAGUGGAGGGCCUGAAACAAAAGAAGAAACAGGAGAAGCUGUGGAUAGUGCAGCAGCGACAGAGAUGGAGACAGCUAAUAACAAGGAAUAGAAGUUAUGUCUCUAUGAACAUCCUCUUCUUGGGCCUGCUCUUCUGUCCACAUGAACAUUUUAAAAUUUUAUUGGGUUGGGAAGAUAGAAAAGCUUUUAUGGAUUGAGCCACAAGCUACAGACACAUGAAUA